AUGAAACUCGUCUAUUGCCUCUCGCUUCUUUUCGCUUCGGCGGUAUGCUCCGUGUCGGCUGCUGGAGUUGAUCGCGAGCUACAGCUUCCUGACUUCAGCGUGACAGUCACAGGAGUUUCAGGACAGAGUAUUUCGUUCGACACGGGAGAAGGAGGAGGUUCGAAACCAAACAUCAAGAUUCGAGUGGCGGACCUGUGCCGAAAUGAAUCCCCUCAGCGCGCUGAGGUUGGCUACCUCUUUCCUGGCUCAUCGGUGCCUGGAAUUCAAUCAAAUACUUCAGGAGUUGUAAACAAUCCUGGCGCUGGAAACACUAUAUCCUUCAGUUUUCUGGAAGGGAUCAGUCAAAACUAUCACAUCUACACAGCGGCGAGCGGAAACACCGCAACUGUGUCGUUUUGUGUGGAGAUUGGGAUGUAUGCUGAAACUAUGCUGGUGGACUUUGAAGAGGUCAAGGUAACCUACAACGUCAAUUUAGCCACGAAGGCUGGUACCUUGACGAGCCAUACCCCUUAA